CACGCCCCACCCUCAGACCCUGCCAGAGGAAAGUUUCGCUUACGGAGGGGGAGACAAGCGAACAUGGCAGCCCAUAGGUGGUUUUGGUGUGUCUCUGUGACCAUGGCGGUGGCGCUGCUGCUCAUUUACGAGAUUCCCUCGGCGUCUGCUCAAAGAAAAAAGGAGAUGGUGUUAUCUGAAAAGGUUAGUCAGCUGAUGGAGUGGACCAAUAAAAGACCUGUAAUAAGAAUGAAUGGAGACAAGUUCCGUCGCCUUGUUAAAGCCCCACCAAGAAAUUACUCCGUUAUUGUCAUGUUCACUGCUCUCCAACUUCAUAGACAGUGUGUUGUUUGCAAGCAAGCUGAUGAAGAAUUCCAGAUCCUAGCAAACUCUUGGCGAUAUUCCAGUGCAUUUACCAACAGAAUAUUUUUUGCCAUGGUGGAUUUUGAUGAAGGCUCUGAUGUAUUUCAGAUGCUAAACAUGAAUUCAGCUCCAACUUUCAUCAACUUUCCUGCAAAAGGGAAACCCAAACGGGGUGAUACAUAUGAGUUACAGGUUCGGGGCUUUUCAGCUGAGCAGAUUGCCCGGUGGAUUGCAGACAGAACUGAUGUCAAUAUUAGAGUAAUUAGACCCCCAAAUUAUGCUGGUCCCCUUAUGUUGGGAUUACUCUUGGCUGUUAUUGGUGGACUUGUGUAUCUUCGAAGAAGCAAUAUGGAAUUUCUCUUUAAUAAAACUGGAUGGGCUUUUGCAGCUUUGUGUUUUGUGCUUGCUAUGACCUCUGGUCAAAUGUGGAACCAUAUUAGAGGACCACCAUAUGCUCAUAAGAAUCCACAUACAGGACACGUGAAUUAUAUCCAUGGAAGUAGCCAAGCCCAGUUUGUAGCUGAAACACACAUCGUUCUUCUGUUCAAUGGUGGGGUUACUUUAGGGAUGGUGCUUUUAUGUGAAGCUGCUACCUCUGACAUGGAUAUUGGAAAGCGAAAGAUAAUGUGUAUGGCUGGUAUUGGACUUGUUGUAUUAUUCUUCAGUUGGAUGUUGUCUAUUUUCAGAUCUAAAUAUCAUGGAUAUCCAUACAGCUUUCUGAUGAGUUGAGGAUUCCAGAGACGUGUAGACACUGCAGUGAUGGAAAUUGAAAAAAUGAGAAAUGUGUGUGUUUGAAAAGAAGAAUGCAGCUUGUGUAUUUUGUAUUACCUCUUGUUUUCAAGUGAUUUAAAUAGUUAAUCAUUUAACCAAAGAUGUGUAGUGCCUUAACAAUCAAUUUCUUGUCAAAAUCUUGAAGUACUUGGAAAUUAUUCUCCUUUUAACCUUCCCUUCCCAGUGAAUUUUAUGGAAUUUUUAAUUUUGUAGAAUUAAGUACAUUAUAAAAAUUUUAAAACUACUACUUCAUUUUACUUAGAAGAAAGCUCAAAACUACUUUAGUUAGUUACUUUUAGUUACUUUUGGUCAUCUGGUUUUAUAUUCUUUCAUCCAAAGAUGGGGAAUGAAAGUUGUGACCAGGUAUUCCCACAUAGGCCUGUUAAAGAUAAACUGCAUCAGAAAGCCAUUCUUAGCUUUUCCAUCUUUGCAUGGAUGUGUAUAUUUUACAAACACUUCCUUCUGGGUCAAGAAAUCAUAUGUGCUACAUGGUCUAGUGAAAAUGCAAUAUGAUUCUUCAGCAUACAGGUCUAGCUUUUAGAAAGACUAGUCUUCCUCCUACAUUUUUUCUACUGAAAUACAAUGCUAUCUAUGCUUCUUGACAGCUAUAGACUUUUAAAGUAUCUCUAAAUACAGGAUCAUGAUUUCUGUAUGAGUGUGGUGUUAACUACCUUGUAUUUGGAAAGAUUUCAGAUUCAUUUUAUCUCCUUAGUUUUAUUUAAGGUGGUCCAUCUCUAAUAAUAAUAUAGUUUAGUGAUAAAAAUCUGUGUAAUUUAUAACUGGUCUAAAAUGUUUAUGAAGUAUAGAAAUUGUCAUUUAUUUCAUUUUUACCUAACAAAAAAUAGGCUCAGUUGUAUUUAGAAAAAGGGCUCCCUUAAAAUAGGAGAAGAAAAUUAUGAAAUAUUGAGUUGUUGCCUGUGUGUAGAAAUUGUUUUGUGAGAGCUUUCUGUUUUUGUUAUUAUUUUAGCCUUUAUUCUCUUCCUUUAAGAAAACAAACGAAACUAGUAUUGUCACAUGUGCCUGUCCCAGUAAUUGGAGGCUGAGAUGGGAGGAUCAUUUGAGUCCAAAAAUUCAAGGUCAGGCAGGGCAUGGUGGCACAUGCCUGUAAUCCCACCAGCAGCUCCAGAGGCUGAGGCAGGAUGAUAGAGAGUUCAAAGCCAUUCUCAGCAACUUAGUGAGGCACUUAGCAACUCAGCGAAACCC